ACUGUCAAUUUUGCUUGUACCUAGGGUCUGUGUAGCGUGCCUGAGCGUGCCUUGGGUUUACUCUGUUGAAUGGACGGCAGUAUACAAAUACGGUGUAUCGAAUAGUUUUUUAUUUCGAUGAAACGGCGUGUCUCCGGCAUUGUCGAUAACUCGGUAAAGCAACGAUGUACGUUAAGUCGAUGGUUAUAGACGGCUUUAAGUCGUACGGAAAGAGAGUCGAGGUAAAUGGAUUUGAUAAGGAAUUCAAUGCCAUCACCGGCCUCAACGGGAGCGGGAAAUCAAACGUGCUUGAUGCGAUAUGUUUCGUAUUGGGAAUCACGAAUCUCUCGCAGAUCCGAGCGAACUCGCUCCAAGAUUUGGUCUACAAGUCCGGACAGGCCGGAGUGACCAAAGCCAGCGUUACAAUAACGUUCGACAAUCGAGAUCGUAGUUCAUCGCCAAUGGGCUAUGAAGAUUACAAGGAGAUUACGGUCACCCGGCAGGUUCAAAUUGGUGGAAAAAACAAGUACAUGAUCAACGGAUCCACUGUGCAAAACAAGCGAGCCCAUGAUAUGUUCUGCUCGGUUCAGCUGAACGUCAACAAUCCACACUUCUUGAUUAUGCAAGGAAGAAUAACAAAGGUUUUGAACAUGAAGCCUGUAGAAAUUCUGUCAAUGAUUGAGGAAGCAGCAGGCACGAGCUUGUACGAGAAUAAAAAGAACAUUGCUUUGAAAACAAUCGAGAAAAAGGACAGCAAGUUGAAGGAAAUAUCAAGCGUCAUUAAAGAGGUACUCGAGCCACGACUGCGGAAACUGAAGGACCAGAAGUCUCAGUACCUAGAAUUCCAGCGAGUCGAGAGGGAGCUGGAUCAUUGCCACAGAAUUUAUAUUGCCUGGGAAUACGUUUCCACUUUGGAGAAAAUUACCAACACUGCGGCCCAAGUGGACAAGGUCCAAAGUGUUGUCCAGGCAAAGACGAAAGCUAUCGAUGACGGGGCGCAGGAAAUCGUGAAUAUCGACCAACGAGUAGAAGAAAUCCACAGGGCUAGGGAUGCGGACAAGGGCAGUAAGCUUGAGGAGCUCGAAAGCGAGCUGAAGCGCACCGAGAGCCAGGAGCACAAGCUUACGGCAGAGGCGAACAGUACUAAAGAGAGUAUAGAGGCGGAGAUUAAGCUGGUUGGACAGCUGAAGACGAACAUAAAGGAUGACGAGGCAGCUCUGACAACGAAGGAAAAGGAACUGUCAAAAGUUAGCGAACUAUUCAGAAGUUUGAAGGCGCAGUGCGAGGAGGACUCGGCGCUGUAUCAAGUGGCACAAGAGCGGUAUGAGAAAGUCAGCUCAGGGCUGCUGCUGAGUGAGGAUGGAGAAAACGCGACACUGGAGCAACAGUUAAUGAACGCGAAGCAGCAGGCGACCAAGGCGAAAACGGAGAUUAAGCAGUGCCAAAUGACACUGAAGCACAGUAAGGAGCAGCUGGUGAAAAAACAGGCAGAGAUGCGUAGCACAGAGACCCAAUACAAACAGGACAGUAAAAAUCUCGAGGAAAUGGAGAAGGAACUCAAGAGCCUUCAAAAUGAGAUCGACAAGCUUGACUAUAACGAGGCCUCCAAAGAGGCGCUUCAGGAAGAGGCAAAGCUCAUAAGUAGGAACGUGGCUUCGCUGCGCUCGCGGAGUGAUAAUUUUGAAGCGCGUCACUCACAGCUCAGAUUCCAAUACCAGGAUCCAGAACCGAAUUUCAAUCGAAACUCGGUCAAGGGGCUGGUCUGCAAACUGUUCACGGUAAAAGAGCCGGCCACAGCUACCGCCCUGGAAACCGCAGCUGGUGGCCGGUUAUUCAAUGUGGUUGUCGACACAGAGACGACGAGUAAAAAGUUGCUGCAGCGCGGGCAGCUUCAGCAACGCGUGACCAUCAUUCCUCUGAACAAGAUAAGUGGUCGUACAAUGGACCCGAAAAUAGUGAGUCUCGCGGAGGCGGUCGGCGGUAAGGGAAAUGUGCAACCAGCUUUGUCACUGAUUGACUAUCCUCCAGAAAUCGCUAAAGCCAUGAAUUGGAUAUUCGGUCAGAUAUUCGUGUGCAAGGACAUGGAGACCGCCCAGAAAGUAACCUUCCACGAACGCAUUAUGAAAAAGUGCGUCACUCUCGAAGGCGACGUCUUUGACCCCGCUGGAACGCUCAGUGGCGGCGCUGGCUCAAAAACUGGCUCGCUGUUGCUCCAGCUUGACGAGCUCAAAACUAUCCAGAACCAGCUGAACGAGGACGAGAGAUCGCUGGCUGAAAUUAACCGAAAGUUAACCAGCAGCGCAGAUGUCUCGAAGAAAUUCCAGGUCCUCAAGCAGCGCUUUGAUCUCAGGAAUCAUGAGGUCGAAUUGGUCCGUCAGAGGCUCCAGCAAACUUCGCAUCACAAACUGCGAGAAGAGGUUGAAGUGCUGAAGUCGACGAUAGAAGAAGCGACGCAGACGUUGGAGACGGCGAAGCGUAUCGAGUCGGAGAGCACAAAGCGGGCCAACGACAUCGAGGGGCAGUUGAAGGACGCGGUCAACAUCCGAGAGCGGCAAUUGAAGGCUGUCGAGAUGGAGAUGAAAGAUAUGAAGCAGAAGUCGACCAAGAGCAGAGAGCAGUGGCAGAAGCGUGAGCAGGAAUCGGAAACGCUUAAUUUGGAGAUAACUGAGCUGAGGAAAGCGAUUCAGACUGGGAAGGAACAGCUCGUUGCGGCUGAGGAGAAGCUGGCGAAUUUGAAGGAAGCGUCGGUGACGCGAGACGAGAGUCUUGCCGAAAUACGAGAAAACGUAAAGGCGCUUCAGGCCAAAGUUAAGAUGCAGAAAGAGGCAAUAAACCAGAAGAACAAGGAAAUCCAAAAGCUUUUGAACAGGAAAGAGGAAAUCGCUAAACAGAAAAUCGACUUCGAACUCGAGAUACAAAAAUUGAACCACGAGAUAUCCGCGAUUCAGGGAACAGCUGGCGAGAGCGAAUCGAAGAUAAAGGCGCUGUCGAGGAAGUACGAUUGGAUCGAGAAGGACAAGGCCUACUUUGGAACUGCGGGUGGUAUCUAUGACUUCAACGCGGACUCGCCGACGGAAAUGGGUCGCAGGAUAUCUCAGCUCCAAAAGGAACACGACAAGCUCAGCAGAAACAUAAACACCAGAGCAAUGGAUUUACUGAGCAGGGAAGAGGAGGAGUACAGCAAACUGAUGAAGAAGAAACAGAUAGUGGAGAGCGACAGGAAAAAAAUACUCGAGGCCAUACGGGAACUUGACGAAAAGAAGAAGGAGAUAUUGGCCAAGGCUUGCAAGCAGGUCAACAAGGACUUUGGCUCUAUAUUCAGCACCCUUUUGCCAGGUGCGGACGCGAAGCUGGAACCGCCGGAAAACAAGACCUACCUCGACGGACUCGAGGUAAAAAUCGGUUUUUCUGGUAUCUGGAAGGAGUCGCUGAGCGAGUUGUCGGGUGGUCAGAGGUCGCUGAUCGCCUUGUCGCUGAUCCUGGCCAUGCUGCUGUUCAAACCGGCGCCCCUUUAUAUCCUGGAUGAAGUCGACGCUGCUUUAGAUUUAUCCCACACCCAGAAUAUCGGGAGCAUGCUCAAGCGGCAUUUCACUCAAUCGCAGUUCAUAAUCGUCUCGUUGAAGGACGGCAUGUUCAACAACGCGAACGUUCUUUUUAGGACAAAAUUCAUCGACGGUUUUUCAGCCGUCAUGAGGACUGCGAAUACCGCCACAGCUCGUAAGAACUAAGGAAAUAUCUGGUUCGUGGCACGAGGUGGAACUUCGUUUCCAUUUUCCCACAGUUUCUGACUCACUCCGCUAAUAUUCACUAUUCAUUAUCGUUUUUAUUUCAAUUGAUAAAAUUAUCCGUCGAGUAUUUUUUAAGGCUUUUUACCAGUUAGUCGUGACAUUUCGAAAACUAUUUUUAUCCUUAGUUUACUUACAGAAAAAAAGUAGGCAGUGUGUGUCCCUAGUGAAGUAACUUUACUAUUGCCUAAAUUUUCUUUUUCUUUUUAAUAUUUUCUUUUCUUGUUCUUCCGCGAAAAUUGAUUUUCAUCUGUAAUAUAUUAUGGAAGAGUAAGUGAUUUUGAAGAAAAAUUUACGAUACAAUCGUCAUUUAUAGCUUUACGGCAUAGAUGUAUAUAGUGUUAAAGAGAAAAAUAGAACCUGUGAUGUUUUCAUAAAUAUACUUUUUCUACCGUUCACCAGAGUAUCGAAUUGCACUUCUUUCAAAAUCUCUUUUUAUUCAUCUUUCAUUUCUUGUAUUCUUUUCAUCGACCUCAUAUGUAUAAUUUAUACGCAUUUACACCGAUGCACGCUUUAAAAGCAAUGUGAUUUACGUAGAGAAACAAAUUUUCGAUACGGAUAAGGAAAGUUCGGUGAAUAUCGACGAACCGUUUCGGGUAAAAAAGUAACAAAAACAAAAAUGGAAAGGAAACUUUGUACUUAAUCAAAAACACAAAUUUCUAGACAUAUUCUACACAGUCAUAUUCCAAAAUACCUACUGACGAAAUGCCGUAUUAAUUGUUUUAAAAAACGUUCGCAGCUUUUACAACUUGUAGCAUAAAAUCGAAGUCAGAUCGUCUGAAACCAGCAACGUGAUAUAGUAAUAACCGUGAUAGCGGGGAGUUGAACGACUUCUGGCUGAUGACCUAAAAAUAUUAUUGAUUUUUUAAUCGAUAAUUGGGAAUUCGUAUUAUUUUCAAGAAUUCGACACGGGGUAAUUAUUCGGUAUAUAAAACCGGCGAACCAUUUCGCGCUCUUCAACAACUGCUAAUGCUUAGAACGAAUUAGUAACCGGUGUGGAAAAGUUUUCCCAUCAUCAUCAAGCUUUAACUUUCAACUACAUAACUGUUAUUUAUACAAAAAUAAUGAACAAAUUGUAUAAAAUAUGUUAUUAAAAAUUUAAACGGGUCGAUUACCGGUUUAUUUCUUUACAUGCAUAGGUACACUAACUAAAUGUAGUGGUGAAAAAGAAAUACGAACCUCUGUUUACACGGCGUGAACAACGCGUGAUUUCACUUGCAAACAAUUGGCACUUGCGGAUUUAUGCAUACACGUAUAAUAAGUACAGUAUACAUUGUAUACAUAUAAUAUUAUUACACCUACACGAUUGACGAUUGUACGUACGUCAUCCUGUUCGCAAAGCUCUCACCGCGAUUCCUCAAACUACCACCACCUACGUGCGCAAGGAACCGACAGUUGGAGAGGGAAAAAAAUCAUUAUAUACUCGAUUUAAAUAAGGCGUGGAGUCAAACCUAUUUGUAACGAAUUUAUGUCCAUUGAAUUUAAUUCCAUAGUACAUAUACAUACUAUUAUAUGCUUUCAAAUAUCUAUCUUAGAGGUAUUUAAAUCACAAACGGAAAUUACGCGGCCUCAGACUCUCGCCCAAACCGCAGCCUGUCAAAAAUGAAAUAGGAAAAUUGGGCAACCGACGUGCUCGGUACUUAUGCAUGAUGCGUGAUACACCCAGGAUAUGGUGAAAUCAGUGGCUAAU